AUGGCGUCCACUGAAGAGCAAUCCCCGUCAAUCGAGGUGCAGAACCUUUCCUAUAAAUUCCAAGACGGUUCAGCGGGGUUGAAAGACGUGGUUUUAAGUCUACCACCUGGCAGUCGAACUCUCUUGAUCGGCGCCAAUGGAGCGGGAAAGACUACACUACUGCGCUUGCUCUCAGGAAAACGUCUCGCCCCCAGCGAUACUAUCUCGGUGGGCGGUAUGGACCCCUUUAAAGAUGGACUGGAAGGUGUCACCUAUCUGGGUGUAGAAUGGGUACUAAAUCCCAUAGUCCGCACCGAUAUUGAUGUUCCCACAUUGCUUGCCUCUGUUGGUGGAAAUGCUUACCCGGAUCGACGGGAUGAGCUGAUUGAUAUCCUCGAUAUUGAUCUUCGUUGGCGUAUGCAUGCUGUUUCAGAUGGUGAACGACGCCGAGUCCAACUCGCUAUGGGUUUGCUGCGGCCCUGGACAGUAUUGCUCCUUGAUGAGAUCACCGUGGACCUGGAUCUGCUUUCCAGAAGUAACUUCCUCGCUUUCCUCAAGCGAGAGACGGAGAAUCGUGCCUGUACUAUUGUCUAUGCCACACAUAUCUUGGAUAAUCUUGCCCAGUGGCCAACUCAUCUUGUGCACAUGCAUCUUGGUAAGGUUAAGACGUGGGGACCUGUGGAGAAGUUUAACGAUCAAGUGUCGGAAUGGACAUCUGAAAACAGUCGCCUUGGUGAGCUAGUUCUCAAAUGGCUCAAAGAGGACCUCCAGGCCCGUGGCCCACGCGGUGCUGAGGACAAGACCUAUGCGUCUCUUCAAGGUAUUGGUGGAUACGGAUAUGAAAAGAAAGUUUAG